AUGAGUGAAUCGAGUUCGUUGGGAACCUGCUCGACGGGCUCUGAUAUUACUAGCGAUCCUUUCAGUCAAUUACUUGCAUCCAUGGCUCGACCUAUACCCUCUGUUACCGAAGACAAAUAA